AUAUUAUUCUACGGCUGACUUUUAUCGUUUAUUAGCUCUCAUUAUAUGACAGCUUCCAUCUGAUAUUUUUGGUAUAGCAGAAUAUAGCUAAAGAAUUUAUUUUCGUAUGCUAUCCUUCACAUUUAUAUCGUCAUAUCAAAUAUUGUUUUCAUUCGCUAGGGUAAUUUCUAUUUUUACAGGCAAAGUGCCUAACCCGUCAUCAUCUCAAAUUAAAGCACGGAAAGGGAUUACCUAAAGUGCAAAUAUCGUAAUUUACCUUUUUCUUUCAAGAUGGCUGAAUCACUGGAUAAAAACACAGAUCGUCAAAUUGCAGCAGUCUUAGUCGUCGGCUUUCACCAUGCUUUCGGUCCUAUUGUUGAAUUUUGCAUACCACCUUUGCCAUGUCAAAAGAUAACACAACAACAAACACUCGAGAAACUAGAAUUGCCAGAAGAAUGGAGCUUUUUACCUUUUCUAGCUUUACCUGAUGGUGCUCACCAAAAGGACGAAGACUUUGCUUAUUUUCAUCUACCUCCAGUACCAAGCUGGUCAGUGGCUGCUGAAACAACAUUGUUUGGGAUAUCGUGUAAUAGACAGAUAGCAUCCAAGGAUUUGAUUGUAAAGACACCAGACAUCACUAGAUCCAUUGUGCAAAAGGCUGUAGUUGUGUUGGCUAGACAACCAAUAUUUGGCCCGCUCAGGCAAAAGCUAGCAGUUAUCACAGCCGCUUGGUUCAACCAACGUGAUUUUACAAAGCUUGAUAUUCUACAUAACCUUUAUAGCAGUCUAAAUAAUGCAUUUUAUGGGCCAAUUGACGAUUCAACAUUGUAUAUGGGUACUUCAUUACGCGAGCUUGUGUAUAAAUUCAGAUCAAAAACAUUAAUGCUCUUGAAACUACUGUUACUUGAAAAAAGAAUUCUCUUUUAUGGAUACCCUGUAGAAAAGCUAUGUACGUUUCAGUACUCACUUAUAUCGCUUGUACCUGGUUUGUUGAGGAACUUGAAGGAUUCAGGGAGCCCAGAUUUAGAUACAACUCAGCUCAGUACAGCAGAAAUACUUGUUGAUGGAAGUAAAGAGAGUUUACUAAAGUAUAUGGGAUUACCACUGCACAUCUUUGAAAAAGGCUCCUUUUUUCAACCAUACGUGCCUCUUCAGCAGAUCGAUAUGUUAUCAUCGGAUCAAACACAUUCAUAUAUUGCAGGGACAACCAAUCAAAUAUUCUUUCAUCAUAAAAGUGAUACAAAGAUUGAUGUGCUUGUCAACGUAGAGACAGGCACACUCGAAUUCUAUAAUCAAUCCCUUGUUGCAUGUGUUAGCCAUACGAUUGCAGAUAGAAGAUGGAUGGAAAGUAUAGUCAGAGUAGUGAAUGAUACAUGGAGCCAAAAUGAUCCUAGUCAUCCUAUGCAAAACACGUAUCUAGGCUCUGAUGAUUAUCUUAGAGCCAGAUUUGAGGAAUAUAUCUUAUCACUCUUAUCCAGUGUGAAAUAUGCGCAGGCGCACCAUCAACUGGAUGAUGUUUUGGACAACCUAGGUUCAGAAACUGUGAUGGGGGAAAAUGAAGAGCAUAACUAUUUAACUGAUUAUGGAAUGAAAUGGCUUAGAGCUUGGUGGCAAACCAACAAUUUCAAGAAAUGGAAUCAAUAUACUGAUUAUGAAAUAUAUGAAAUCGUAGAGCCUGGGCAUCCAGGAAUGGGCCAUAUAUCUAUGACCGAUCUUCAAAAUACGUUGUCAAAUCGAUUACGCGACUUGCAGCUAAAUCAGAACUUGGCUCCUAUUCGAAAUACUCUAUCAAAAGCCGUAUCAGGCGGUGCAAAGGUUGUGUCAAAAGGUAGUACCAAGUUUAUGAAGGGCGUUGACGCAUUUUGGAACGAGCUUGAAAGAUCUUCAUCAGAAACAACACGUAAUGGAGAGCCCUCUUCUUCUGCUACUACAGUCACUUCUACUGCUGCAGCAACGCAGCAAGUAGGUAAGCUAUUUUCAAAUUUUUCAUCCUUCUUGUCCAGAAAAACAAAAGAAUUUUCACAGACUAUGGAGGAAGCUGUAUCCUCUGAUAGUAACGCAUCCUCUCCUUCAAGUCGGCGCACAUCGAAGAUAGCCUCAAUCAAACGGAAGCCUGGUGAUGAUGAUACAAGCUCUGCAUUUAUUAAUGUGGAUUAUCCUGGUUCUGCUAAAGAUGAUGAAUAUACUGAUAACAAAACCUUGAAUAUAUAAGAUACCUUUUUACUAAAUCCAAAUAGAAAGCACCUGUCACUAUUGUAUUAUUUCACUUAAAGUAUUACUUUAAGUCUUAAAUUGAAUAAAUACCCUUCGACAUCAGAGCUGCAGUUUGUGAAUGCUCAUGGCGUAUGUAUUUGAGUAGCAAGAUAUGCCAUGUAGGGCUCAUUCUAUUCGUUCUUUGACUAUACUAUUGACUAAAAAUCAUCUGCGUUGAAUCUCUUUGGUCAGCAUCAGUGACUGUAGAUAUGUUUUCAUCCGUUCAACGCAUGUUUGACAAAAUAAGCACAGUGAAGUAAUUUCUAAAUAUUCGGAGUCUAGACCGCUUUUUUUGGGUUGCAUAAAAGCCA